AGCAAAUACUGGCCACACUAUCUGUAAUUAUAAAUUAAAUUUAACAAUAAAAAAAAAUAUUAACAAUAUUAUCGAAGAUAUAACGAAGUUCAUAUUUAUCACACCAGGAAUACACAAAAUACACUUUCACAUGCAAUAGCUACUGGUGUUCCAACUAUUGUUGUUAAAAAACCAAUACCAACAGCUCCAAGUGUCAUAGUAGUUGCUAGUAAUGAAUUAUCAACAACUGAAAUUAUUCUUGAAGCUCGGUGAUAUUUUUUACUUAACAUAGCUCUUCUAUAAAAAUUAGCGUAUUUUUAUAAAAAAAAAAAAAAGAAAUUCACUGUUAGUUAAUUAGUGAAUAGUAAUUAUCUGAAAAUACUUAACACAUAAUCUAUUAAAUGGCAAGUAAAAAAGAAAUUGAAAUUAUAAUGGAGGAAAAGUUCAAAGCGCAAGAAAGUUCGCUUUUAAAAGUAGUAUCAGGAAAUGCCUCAAUACAAAACGACAAAAUGGAUAAAAUUUUACAUUCAAUAGAAAAUAUAACAAAUCGUAUUUCAAAAGUUGAAAAAAAACAACAAAGCUUGCAGAAAUGUAUUGACGAUCUACAAAAAAGUAGAUCGUCAAUUAAUGAAAAACUCGUACACGUCGAAAAAGAACUUAAAAAGUUAAUGAAUACAGAAAUUACUAAAGUUGUAAAUCAGACCGUACAGCUAAAAACAACGCAGAUCGAAGCAAGCAAAUUAAAUGAUGCACUACAAGAAAAAAUUAGAAAACUAGAAGAUAGGAAUAGAACAAACAAUAUUAGAGUUGACGGUGUACGAGAAAAUGAAAAAGAAACAUGGGAUCAAACUGAAAAAAAAGUUCAACAAAUAUUUAAUGAUCAGUUAAAAAUAAGUAACAUUAUUAUUGAAUGAGCGCACCGUAUCGAAAGACGCUUUAACGCAAAGAAAAUAAAGAAUAAACCCAGAACAAUCAUACUCAAACUGUUAAAUUAUUAAGACAAAGAAAAAAUUUUGGAAAACGCAAAGAUGCUGAAAGGUACAGGUAUUUUUAUUAAUGAAGAUUUUUCAUUUGAAACUAACAAAAUAAGACGCGAAAUAAGUGAAAAAAUGAAGAUUGAUCGUAACGAUUGAAAAUAUGCUAUUAUUGAGUACGAUAAGUUAAUAGUGAGAGAGUUUAAUCUAAAAGCUAAAUAAGUAAUUUUAUUUUUUAUUUAUGUUUCAAAAUUUUAUAUAAACCAUGUAUAAAAAUGGAGCAAAACUCUAUAUUUCAAUUUUCUAAUGAAAAUAAUAAUGAUAAUGACACUGAAACAGACUGUUUUGACAAAUUGAAUUUUGAAAGCAAAUACUACUCAGUUUACCAAUCUGCACAAUACCUUAAAAAAAUAAAAACGCAUUUUCAAUUUUAAAUAUUAACAUCCGAAGUCUAAAUAAAAACUUUGAAAAUUUAAAAAUUUUAUUGGACGAAAUAAAACAUGAUUUUAGCAUUAUUUGUCUAACAGAAACGUGGUGUAAAUGCAAUAAACAAAGUACACAGUUUGAUUUAAUUAAUUACACGCCAAUUCGUCAACCGCGUGAUAGUUAUGGUGGCGGAGGCGUUAGUAUUUUUGUCCACAAUUCAAUUGAUUUUUUCCCUCGUAAUGACCUAUGCGUUAAUGAAACAGAUUGUGAGUCAUUGUGCAUUGAACUUUAUAAUAAAAUCACAAAAAAUAUAAUUGUUAAUGCUAUUUAUAGAAAGCCAUCUGGUAACUUAAAAAAAUUUAAGACUCACUUAAACACAUUUUUAAAUAAAGUCAAUAAAGAACGGAAGCAUAUUUACGUUGUCGGCGAUAUCAAUUUGAACUUGUUAAAACAAGCUUUAAACAAAAUUAAGCAUUUUAUCGAUUAACUUCUUCAACAUAAUGUUAUCCCAACAAUAAAUAAACCAACCAGAAUAACUAAGAAAUCUUCUACUUUACUUGAUAAUAUAAUCACUAACAAUUUUUAUAACAACUAUAUUUCCACAGGUAUAAUCAAAACAGACUUAUCAGAUCAUUUUCCUACUUUUUUAAUAACUAAUAAUAUAACAAUUAAUAAUAAUUCUUCUAAAUUUAUAAUAUACAGGCGGCAGAUCAAUAAAUACUCCUUACAAAAAUUUCAACACCUUUUAAAAUAUAACGUUGAUUGGGAUCUUAUAAUGCAAUCUGUAGAGGUAAGUAAUGCCUAUGAACUAUUUCUUAAAUUUUUUUGUGAGCAAUAUGAAAAAGCUUUUCCGGAGAAAAAAAUUGUUAUAAAUACCAAGUCAUAUCAAGCUCUAUGGAUGUCUAAAGGCUUAUUGAAAUCUUCAAAGAAAAAAAGAAGUUGUAUGAAAAAUUUAAAAAAAAAAAAAAACGUAUAAAAAUGAAACAAAUUACAAACUUUAUAAAAAUAUAUUUGAAAA